AUGCGGCCGCUCUUCUCUGUCCUGAGAAGCACACCGGCGGCGUGGUCUGUGCCAGUCCGCGCUGUCCGAACUUCGGAGCAGACGAAAUUCGAUUCCAUCUGCUCCAGAUGCUGGCUGCAACAGAAGCGCCAGUUCACGCAGUCGCGCCGCUUGACCGACCAGAAUGCCUUCAGCGUGGAUAAUCCGGCUAAGCUGGUUCGUGUGAACCAGAAGCAUGGACCUGGUUUGAUAAUUAUUGCCCUGAUCCCAAUUAUCGCCUUCGGCCUAGGAACAUGGCAGGUUCAGCGUCUGGACCGGAAGACUCAGAUGAUCGCCAAAUUUGAAGACCGCUUGACUAGACCACCACUUCCGCUGCCGCCGCGAAUCGACCCCGAGGCUAUCUCUGAGUUCGAUUACCGUCGUGUCUAUGCCACUGGCACCCUACGCCACGAUAAGGAGAUGCUGGUUGGACCUCGUAUCAAUGAGGGCGAGGACGGAUACCUUGUCGUGACUCCGCUUGAGCGCGAGGGCCAGAGCACGGUUCUCGUGAACCGUGGCUGGAUUUCCAGGAAGUUGGAGAACCAAAAGGAUCGACCGGACGGUAUCAAGAAUGAGGUUGUUACGGUGGAGGGGCUACUUCGUGAGCCGUGGAAGAAGAAUAUGUUUACGCCGGACAAUAAACCGGAGGAGGGCAAGUUUUACUUCCCUGACAUUCAGCAGAUGGCAGAGUUGAGUGGAAGUCAGCCUGUUUGGAUUGAGGAGACUAUGGUGCCUGAUCUCGUUGAGUCAUAUAAUCGCGAGGCGAAGGGUAUUCCCAUUGGACGUGCGGCCGAAGUCAAUUUGAGGAACAACCACGCGCAGUACAUCUUCACCUGGUACGGCCUGUCCCUGGCUACAUCGAUCAUGUUGUGGAUGCUGGUGCGAAAGAAGCCCAGCAGCGAGGCCAUGCGCCGAGUCCGCCAGAACCGCAACUGGUAG